AUGCGCACGCCACCAUUCGCAGCCUCGGCUGUCAAUCACCGGGUCCCGGCCAGUGAUUUCUCGCCAGCACUCGGUGAUCGUGGAGUAUCUCCGACGGGGAAGAGUCCUGUGUAUAAACAACACAGAUCUCUCCCCUGUCAGCUCCUACAGACUCCUUUGUAUGGCUCUGCAUAGCAGAGCCAGUGAAACAUAAACACAGCCCAGUAUCCGGCACAGAGCACAGUUAACCCUUUGAUCGCCCCACAUGUUAACCCCUUCCUGCCCAAUGCCAUUAGUACAGUGUCAGUGCUUAUUAUUAGCACUGAUCACUGUAUUGGUGUCACUGGGGAUGUCAGUGACACCAAGUCAGUUCCCUCCCCAGUGUCAGAAUGCCCGCCGCAGUCCCGCUAUAAGUCGCUGA